AUGGUGAAGCGACAUGUCACUAUAUCGUGUGAGUGGUCCGUUGUGAGCAACAGAGCUGCUCUUGUCCCAGCGCGCCUCGGCGGCACUGACGAGACAGUACACAUUCUCUGUCCGAAGCAGAACAAUACUGUCUGUAGUCUGUUGAUAACGGUGUUGUUGGCGGACGUAAUGCCUUGUUUAAUAACAAACGCGUUACUAGCGCUGGUCAUUACAACGAUUCAUAAUCUAAACAAUCAAAAUGCAAUUAGUAAAUCCGGGUCGACCAAGGCGCACAUUAGCCGCGCCGCUACGCACUGCUCGUGGAAUUCCUCUUUUGUGUUUUCUACAAUCACUGCACCUUAUGAUUUAUGA